AACACAAUGUGCCACAACAUCCUCAUCACUGGAGCGUCCGGCUACCUAGGAGGCACCGUCCUAGCGCGCUGGAAGAACGCCAACCUCCCACCAUACGAGAAACUAUACGCAUUGGUAAGAUCAGAGGAUCAAGGAGAACAAGCGCAAAAGCUAUAUGGUGCAGAGCCCCUUAUUCUCAAUGUCAGCGAUCAUGAAACCGUCACCCAGACCAUCAUCGAUAAGAAAAUUACCAUCGUCUACUACCUCAUCGACGCCUACUCCGCAAAGCAUCAACCGGCAUUCAUCAGAGGUUUAGGAGAGGUCAAGAAGAGAACAGGGAAAGAUGUACAUUUACUACACACAACUGGCUCAAAGCAGUUUAGUCGACAUGCGGGUGUCUCUGUCGAUCAGGUACUGUUGGAUACGAAUCCGAGACUUUACCAUAUCCAGAAGGAGGCGAAGUCCAAGCAUCAAUUUGCUGCUGAGUCCGCCAGCACCAAUGCCACUAUCAUCGACACAGCCGAAGCACACGGCGUGUCGAGCUACAUCUUCGCUCCGUGUCUUGUAUACGGCCAGGGGGAAGGGUUCGGAAACCGGACUUCGAUCCAAGAUGUUGAUAUUGUUCGUGCUGCUUUAAAGCUGCGUCGAGUGUAUAAGGUUGACACGGACGAUCCUAUCUGGCCUGUGUGCCACAUCUCCGAUACAGCAGAGUUGUACCUGCACAUCCUCCGGAAGAUACUGUCAGGAGAAGAAAUCAGCCACGGCAAGAAUGGUUUCUUCCUUGCUGCUUCGGGCAGUGUUGCGUGGAAUAAAAUUUACAGUGCGAUGGCUAAGGCGCUUGCGAAGCGUGGGUUGGUUGAGGAUGAGGUUGUUGUGCAGGCCGAUGAUGAAGUGUUGGCGAAGAUGGGCGAGGCGCUUGGUGUUGCACCGGAUGAGGUGCCGGUGCUUAUUGGGGGGAGGUGUAUGUUUACGCCUGAGCAUGGACAGAAAAUUGGGUGGGUGCCACAAUAUCCGCCUCACCAUAUACUUGAUGUGGCAGACGAUGAAGUUGAGUUUAUCAUGAAGGGGCUGGAGGGUGGUAAUAAGCGACCGGAUAUAAGAUAGGGUUGUUUAGUAGUGGAUAUAAUUCCAGUCCCCAUCAAUGCAGGCAGCGGGUUAAGUAUCGUGGAUCUGUAAUUUUGAAUAGUACUGAUAUUAUUCAGGCCAUCUAGUCAGAAUCCUAUUCAGAUCGCCUUCUUAUUUGCUUUAUUUAUCCUAUAUUAUCUCUUAUAUAUAUCAUUCAGCAUUUUAAUUCUUCGAUGUGUGGUUUUCAUAAAUGGAAAGCAAAGGAACCAUAGCGAAAGGAAAACGAUCUGCAGUCAUCUUUAAGCAAAU